AGAAACAGUCCUGACUGGUGUAACAUCCGUUAAUUAAGAGACUUUCAUCUAGUCAUUUAUCUGAACGUGUUGAGUUGAAGAGGUCUACAUGCUGACGUAUGGAGAGCUGUCAGAGUGCCUGUGGGCCGGCGGGGGAGGGACUGUGUCCCUGCUCAGACACGUGGAGGCUCGGGGGGAGGAGAGUUGUCUGAGUCUGGCCCCAGAGGUGUCUGUUACGGGACAGGUCUGAGGUGAAGGCGUGUUUCCAUCCUAAAGUCAUCUACUAGUGUUGUGUGCACGGUGAUCAUAAAUCAAACGUUGUCAUGUAGAUGUGUUAACAGAAACAAUCCAGUUUUCAAUGGAUCGUUGUCGACAGGAAGUUUACCACCUUCGGAGCGGACAUUGAUUUGAACCGGAGUGGUAUCAACACCUGUCACCUGGCUGGGUGAAAUCCCAGGAAUAUUCUCAGAAACAUGUAUGAGCCUCGGUACUAUGACAGCCCCCCCGUGUACAGUCCACCAUACAGCACCACCUCCCACAGUUUCUACCCUCCAAGAAGCAUCCAUUCCCCGCAGAGCCAGUAUGUCCCAUACACCCACAAUCCUCCUGAUUCCUACUAUAUGGAGGGCCAGCCUCAACACUUCUACAGGUGGUUCUCACCGCCUGGUUUUGUAAAAACCUUCCAAGGAGCCACAGCCCUCAUGUGCUUCAUUAUCUUUGCCUGUGUAGCUUCAACUCUGGUAUGGGACAUAAAUGGGUUUGGGUACGGGGGAUACGGGGCCGGGGACAUGGGCUCUGUGGGAGGAGCAGGCCCCGGAUAUUAUGGAGGCAGCUAUGGCUACGGCGGCUCCUAUAUGACGCCACAGUCGGCCAAGGCAGCAAUGAUUUCCAUGGCCGCCAUCAACUUCUUGGUCUCACUGAGUUUCCUGGUGGGAAGCUUUUCACGGUCACGGAUGAUGCGAGGAUGCAGGUUUUACCUCACAAUAUUCAUCUGUGAUAUCAUCCUGGCUGUGCUUCAGGGUAUCAUCGACAUCAUCUUUGUGAUAGGGGUGAACCCAAUGUCUCAGAGCUCCCAGAGUAUGCUGUAUAACCCCAUGCUGAGGAUGUGUCAGAACAUCCAGGGGACCCCUAGCCUGAGCGGCAGCGUAGGGGCCGGCUUUCCUGGAGGGUUUCCCAUGUACAAUCAAUACCUUUACCACUACUGUUUCAUGGACCCCGAGGAGGCAGUGGCGUUUGUUUUGGGCCUCCUGGUGGUUUUGGCUCUGUCUCUUUCUGCUUACUAUGCCUACAAGACCCGCAGCAAGAUUUGGCGCCAUGGAAAAUCCAACAUCUUGUGGGAUGAGGCAAUAGUCAGGCCAGCCGAGGGGCAUGAUGUGCUGGACUGGGUGAAUCACGUCGGAGAGGCGCGCAACACCCAGCAGGCCCCGACGGUGGUUGUGUCAGAGCGAGCAGCGCCUGCCCUGAGGGUGGAGAACACCGUGGGCUUUGGCAAUGGAAUAGUCAGCAACCAGAGUGAAGGAUACAAUAAAAGCAACAGUUUCUGCACAGACACCAGCAUCAGCUGUGAUGCUGAGCCUCUAUACCAGAACACCAGAGCUGCGGUUUGUUCCAGCAGCUCCUAUGAGACUGACAGCGUGAGAAAACCCCCUGUGAAGAGACGGCAGAAAAAACCCAGUGAAUCCAUGCCUGCUCCUCAGGAGAUGAUCGAGUCCCAGUACGAAACUGGUUACACCUCCGGGGACACCGGCAAUGAGCUGGAGUUGGACCAGAGAGAUCACCUGUACAGGCAGUACCCAGCCAUAACCACAGACGAGCAGCGCUGCAGGUACAAGAGAGAGUUUGACUCCGAUCUGGCCCGCUAUAAGAGCCUCUGCGCUGAAAUGGACAACAUCAGUGAUCAGAUGCACAAACUGAGCAGAGAGCUGGACACAUUGGAUGAAGGCUCCAUGAAGUACCAGGGUGUGGCAGAUGAGUACAACCAGCUGAAAGACCUUAAAAAGACUGAAAACUAUCAGGCAAAGAAAAGACAAAGUAAAGAACUUCGGAGAAAACUUUUUCACAUCAAACAUCUGGUGAAAAUAUAUGAUCAAGGUUUUUGUUGAGGAAAUUACUAAAAUCACACCAGUCCCUUGGUCCGUUUUGGAGUCACUAUUUUAAGUUAUUGUCUAUGUUCUUUGUAAAUUGUUGUUGUAGUUUAACCUUGUACUGUAAUAUCAAAUGCUUAUUGUUUUAACAUAUAUUUUACAAGUUACUUACAAAAACUUCAUGUACUUAUAUUCUAAGAAAUAGAUUGUAUGAAUGUGAUAAUAUAAUGUUUCAAUGUAAUUUUGUUGCUAGAACAAAAAGCAGUUUAGAGUUUUAAAUGUUAAUCCUUAGUGGAAAUGGACUGCCAUGACUCUUUUGAACUGGUAUUUAUACUUUAAACAUUCGAUGUACUACUAAUAAACUGUAUCUCAUUAUGACAUGACUUUUUUACCAUAUACUUUUGAGACGUGAAUGCUUUGUUAUCAACAUUAUUACAACCUAAAUAUUGUAAUAACUUAAAUAAUUUUGUUAUGAAAUAAAUAUGCAUAUUGUUGCAAUGUGAUUGCAGAUUGUUUAAAUAUAAAAUAAAAUGUAAUAAUGUGGCAU